AUGCCUACCAUCGAGGCCAAUGGCAUCAGCAUUAACUACGUCCUAGAAGGUCCCGAAUACGGCGACCUGCUCGUCCUAAUCAACGGCCUAGCAGACGAUCUGGAAACAUGGUCAGCACAAGUCCCAGCUUCCCUCGAAGCAGGAUAUCGCGUACUCCGCUACGAUAAUCGAGGUAUAGGCAAGACAUCUCGACCCCCGGGACCGUACACUUCCGACUUACUGGCCGAUGACCUGGGAGCACUACUCGAAGCUCUCGAUAUCAGAGAAGGAUUCCACCUCCUAGGCGUGAGCAUGGGCGGCAUGAUCGCGCAAAGCUACGCUCUCAAACACCCGAGUCGUCCUUUGCCAAAGACGAGUGGCGACGCAUCGAACGGCACGAUUGGACGACAUCUCCUCAGCCUCUCCCUCUGCUGUACCUACGCCCAACCCACGCCCUUCUGCACCCGCAUGUUCUCCCUCUGGGCCGAAAUGGCGCAGGAAAUGUCCGUGCAAGAUGUUAUGCGCGACGUCACACUCUGGGCCUUCACAGUCCCCUUCUUCCGAUCUCGGACAAACGAACUACUGGAGGUGGAGCAGGCGAUGCGGGGGCUUGACAUGGCUGUGCCGGAGUAUUUGGCUCAGUUGAACGUGAUCCAGACGUUUGAUACGACUGCGCAAUUGGAAGGGCUGAAGAACGAGGAGAAGGUUCUUGGUGGGUUUGAUGCUAAUGAGGGUGGGCAGGGGAGGGUGAUGGUGUUGGCCGGGAAGACCGAUAUCUUGAUUCCGGUUGUGAUGUCCCAUGAAUUGGCGGAGAGGAUAGAAGGGAGCAGGUUUUUGACGUGCAAAGGCGGGCAUGGGUGCAUGUGGGAGUUUCCUGACGACUUCAACAAGGUGGUGUUGGGGUUCUUGCAGGAGUGUAGAGUGAAGAAGUAG